AUGCCAGGCGUCUUCCAGCAGAUUUCGCAGGCGUAUCCUCCAAAGCCAAAUUUUACUGAGGCGAACAUCCCUCAGCUACACGGAAAGGUCUACGUCGUCACUGGCGCCAACACGGGUCUCGGCAAGGAAGUCGCCCGGAUCCUCUAUACCAAGAAUGCUACGGUGUAUGUGGCAGCCCGGUCCCGGGAAAAAGCUGCCCAAGCAAUCGACGACAUCAAAAAAGCAGCACCGAACUCCGCUGGGGAGCUGGUCUUCGUGCAGCUGGACCUCGCCGAUCUAAGGACCAUAAAGAUUUCGGCCCAGCAGAUCCUUAGCCGCACAAGCAAGAUCCACGUACUCUUCAACAACGCCGGCAUCAUGCUUCCGGGCGAGGGAGAAAAGACCGCCCAAGGCUACGACCUGCAGCUCGGCGUGAACAACAUCGGUACGCACCUCUUCACCAAGCUUCUGACUCCGGCACUCGUCCAGACGGCUCGGGAGGAGCCCCUGGGUACCGUGCGGGUCGUCUGUGUGUCCUCAUCAGCAGCCGAAACCCCCUUUGUGCCAAAGGGCGGCGUGCCAAUGGACAAUCUCGACUAUCACAAGAAAACAAGCAAUUUCGCGCGAUACGGUAUCAGCAAGGCCGGGAAUUACCUGCAGGGCGCCGAGUUCGCGAGGAGAUAUAGGGAUGACGGCAUUGUGAGCAUCCCGCUCAACCCCGGCAACCUCGACUCGGACCUAUGGCGUACCCAGGGCGCCAUCAUGAGCACGUUGCUCAAGUCGUUCGUGCUACAUCCGGUCAUCUAUGGCGCAUACACGCAACUGUUCGCCGGGCUUUCGCCCGAAGUGACAAUGGCGCGGACAGGAGACUGGGUUGUUCCAUGGGGCCGCUUCAUGAGUGUCCGUAAGGAUCUGAAGGCCGCGGCCAAGGUUAAGGGAGAGGGUGGCACCGGCGUUGCGAAGGAGUUUUGGGAUUGGAUGGACGAGCAAGUUCGUCGGUACGAGUAA